CACAAAUGGGAGAAAAUGAUGACACACGACACAUGAAGUUCAAAGAAGUUAUAUAAAGAUUUCCCAAUGCUAGAAUAUAUGAUUUUAACAAAGGCUUUGUGUUACAGGAAUCUGGAAAUGCACAUCAUUGUCUUUUUCAGGUGAAUGAGACUUUUGUGUCUGGUCUGCCACGCCAAACAGUUACAGAUCUGCUGCGCAAGGCGCAGGGCACUGUUCAGCUCACUGUCUGCCGAAGCCUGGCUUUGCACUGGGCUUAUUCAGACAGCCAGAGCAACAGAGCUUCCACUCCAAACACAAAAGCAGAGCCUGAAAGUGGUGGGCAAAGCCUGCAAACUCAGCCUGUUUUCAGUUUCAAGGAAGAAGGCUCCAAUCAAAUGUGCAAUAAGGAUGCAGAAAGAACGGAUAAAUCUCCUCUGCAAGGUCAGCUGGCUGGACAAGACUAUAAGGACCUCAUCAGUAACAUUUCAGACAGGUCACAGAAAUGUGCAGAAUGUGAAAGCUGCAGAAGAGAAAAUCAACAGUCUGAGUCAGGCAGCUGGAACAAUGAAGAUGAUGUUAUGCCCCACAGGAUUCCUGUUCUACCUAGAAACAGAACCUUUGCAUCUGGAGAUGAACUGACUCAGUUAAUUAACUUGAAACCAUCACAGAGUGGAGUAGAUCCAAGGACUGACAUAACAGGUCUUAUUCAAGGCCUUCAGCUGCGGAUUGAGAAUCAAGAGGUGCUAAAGGAGUUUAUGGCUUUAGAACAUGUGAAACCAAUAGAUGACUGCAGAACUGGCAAAGCGCCAGAAAACCAGAAUAAAAACAGAUACCGAGAUAUCCUUCCAUAUGAUAAGACACGAGUUCCUCUGGGAGAAAAGAAUGGCUACAUUAAUGCAAGUUACAUUAGAAUGAAUGUUGGAGAAGAGGAACACUUUUAUAUUAUAACCCAAGGGCCUCUUCCAUCCACUAUGGCCGAUUUCUGGCAAAUGGUCUGGGAGAGUGAAUCAGAUGUGAUUGCCAUGAUGACAAAAGAAGUGGAGCUAGGGCAAGUCAAAUGUCAUCAAUACUGGCCUGAAUCUCCGAAUAACUCUAAAGACCUGGCUAAUUUCUAUCUCAGGCUACACAAUUACCAGAUUCUGGAAUACUUCAUAAUUAGAAAAAUAGAAAUUAUCAACAAGCAGACAGAAGAAAAGCGCAUUAUAAGUCAUUUACAAUUUACCACUUGGCCAGACCACAAUACUUCCAAACUGGCUGAGCAGCUUGUAAAAUUUAUUUGUUACAUGAGAAAAGCUCACAGGACAGGACCUAUUAUUGCUCACUGCAGCACUGGCAUUGGAAGAAGUGGAGUUUUCCUGUGUGUUGAAAUUCUUCUCAGCCAUAUAGAAAAAGAUUUAUGUUUCAACAUCAAGCAGAUAGUGAGAGAUUUGCGAGACCAGCGUUUUGGCAUGAUCCAAACUAAGGACGAGUAUUUAUUCUGUUAUGAAGUUGUGCUGGAAGUCCUUCAGAUCCUGCGAGCAAUGGAUUCCUACUGAAUAUGAUUCCUACA